UCCAACAGGUGGCGGUAAUGUACUCAGAAGAUGUUUAAAAGCGGCCUAUAAUACACAAGCAGGAAAUAGGAAUUCAGACACUCUACAGGCUGUUGUUGUUGUGGGCUUGCUCUUCAGUUCACCAAGGCAGCUAUAUUAAUGGCGGACGAGGAGGACGAGCCGGGCUUCGAGGAGGAGCUGGAUGAUGGUUCCGGCGGGGUAGACGCCGCUGGCCACGGCAGAAGGAAGAGACUCUUCUCUAAGGAGCUCCGUUGCAUGAUGUACGGCUUCGGCGACGACCAGAACCCGUACACGGAGUCCGUGGACAUCUUGGAGGACCUGGUGAUCGAGUUCAUCACGGAGAUGACCCAUAAAGCCAUGUCCAUCGGGCGGCAGGGACGCGUCCAGGUGGAGGACAUCGUUUUUUUGAUUCGCAAGGAUCCCAGAAAGUUCGCCCGUGUCAAAGAUCUGCUGACCAUGAACGAGGAGCUGAAGAGAGCCCGGAAAGCUUUCGACGAAGCCAAUUAUGGCUCUUAGUGGUCACAGAUAUGGACACAUGAUGCUGAUACAUCCAAGAGAAGGAGCGUUUCUUUUUGGUUAAAGCUUCAGUAGUUCAUGACUGUUUGUUUUUAUAUUAGUUUGUUCAACUUGACUUCCUAAACUCUGUUUUUCAGUGGCUUGCAAUCAUAGAUCAAUAAUAGGCAAUGCCAAAGUCUCCCAACAAUUUUCCAUAUUAUUGUAUCUGAAACUGCUUAAAUAAAGUAAACUGCAAUUUGU